GAGCCACUUCGGCGGAGGAGGGGGGGGCACAGGCACACACGUGGAGGCGGCGGACGCGGCUCGCCCGCUCCUCCCUGCCGCCGCCAGCGGGGCGACCUCCUGCCCGGGCUGCCCCGCCAGCCGCCGUGUGCGCCCGCGGGGCGGGGCGGAGAGGAGCGGAGCGGAGCCGCCUUCCUCCGGCAGGGCUUGCGCAGCUUCGCCGCCCUCCCCCGGCGGCCGCGCGCCGCUUGGUAUCGCCCCUCCUGGCGGGAGCAGGCAGCGCGGCGGCGCCUCCCGCGGCGGCGGCGGCCUGAGGUGGGCUGCGGGCCCGGUGUCCGCCCGUCCGCGCGCGGGACCCCGGCGGCUGGCAGCGCGGCGGCGGCGGCAGCGGGGGCGGAGGUGCCCACCUCCCCUCGGCCCUCUUGGCCUGGCGGCGCCUCGGUGAGAAAACAUGAGCCGCGAUUUCAAACCCGGCGACCUGAUCUUCGCCAAGAUGAAGGGCUACCCGCACUGGCCGGCCAGGGUGGAUGAGGUUCCUGAUGGAGCAGUAAAACCUCCUACAAAUAAAAUGCCUAUUUUCUUUUUUGGCACCCAUGAGACGGCUUUUUUGGGACCAAAGGAUAUAUUCCCUUACUCUGAAAAUAAAGAUAAAUAUGGCAAACCAAAUAAAAGAAAAGGCUUUAAUGAAGGAUUAUGGGAAAUUGACAACAAUCCCAAAGUGAAGUUCUCUCAUCAGCAGUCCCAUCCAGCUGUUAACAGUCCUAUCAAAGAAACUGUUCAAGAAAGCAGUCCAGAGCCUGCUGAGGGGAGUGAAGAAAAAGCAGGAGCUAAAAGGAGAAAACCUGCUGUCCCAAAAUUAUCUCCUAAAGAGGGUAAUAACUUACCUACAGAGGCUGAAACAGAAGAAAAAGAGAUGGAUUCAACAAAGGAAGAUGACGUACCUUCUGAAAAAGCAAGUAGUGAAGAUGUGGUGAAAACAAAUGAUACGUCUAUUCCUAAAGUUGCUAGAAGAGGAAGAAAAAGAAAGGCUAAGAAACAAGCUGAAGCUGAGAAAGCAGCAGCAGUGGCAACAGCAGCAGCAGUGGCAGCGGCAGCAGCUGCUGUAGCAGUGGCUCUGAAAGUCAGCCCCAAAAGAGGAAGGCCAGCAGCUUCUGAAGUAAAGAUCCCAAAACCAAGAGGGAGACCCAAAUUGGUGAAACCACCGUGUCCUUCAGAGGGUGACCUUGUUAAUGAGGAGGAGAAAGUGAAGAAAAAAGGACCAGAAGAAAAGCCCAAGAAGCAAGGGAAAAAAGAUGAGGAGAGUCAGAAGGAAGAAGAAAAACCAAAGAAGGAUUUUGACAAAAAAGAAGGAAAGAAAGAGGCUGAAGCAAAAAGGAAAAACGCUGGGAAAGUUGGUUCUGUGUCAGCUUCUGAUUCAGAAGAUGAUGGAGAAGAACAAGAAGGUGACAAGAAGAAAAAAGGAGGAAGAAGCUUUCAGGCAGCUCAUAGAAGAAACAUUAUAAGAGGCCAACAUGAGAGAGAAGUAGCAGAAAGAAAACGUAAGCAAGAGGAGCAGGUGGAAUCUGAGCCGCAGAGUAAAGAAGAAAGCAAGAAACCAGAAGUUAAGAAGAUGGAGAAGAAGAGAGAAACAUCAAUGGAUUCUAGGCUUCAAAGGAUACAUGCAGAAAUUAAAAACUCGCUGAAAAUUGAUAAUCUUGAUGUGAACAGAUGUAUUGAGGCUCUUGAUGAGCUUGCAUCCCUUCAAGUCACAAUGCAGCAAGCUCAAAAACAUACAGAGAUGAUCUUGACUCUAAAGAAGAUACGGAAAUUCAAAGGUAGCCAGGUUAUCAUGGAGAAAUCUACAAUGCUAUAUAACAAGUUCAAGACCAUGUUUUUAGUUGGGGAAGGAGAUUCUGUUCUCUCCCAAGUGCUAAAUAAGUCACUUGCUGAGCAGAAACAGCAUGAGGAAGCCAACAAAACCAAAGAACAGUGGAAGAAAGGAACAAACAAAAAAAUGGAAAAGGACCAAACAGGUUCCAAGGUACUCAAUGGAGGGUCUGAAACUCAAGACACCAGCCAGACACAACACAAUGGAGAGAACACUGAGGAAAAGAAAGAUAAGCAUGAAGCUGGCAGUAAGAAAAAGACAUCUGGUGAAGAGAGAGAGCUUGAAAAAACAUCAAAAGAAUCUGCCUUUGAAAACAAAUGACACAACUGGAGUGGUUUUUUUUAAUAAGAUUAAAGAAGAUUGUUAAGUUUUGCAUUUGAAAUCUAUAGACUGCUGAAAGCUUUAAAUAAUUUUAUAAGCAUAGUAUUUUAAUGUUAAAUUUUGUGGAAUAAAAGACCCUUUAAUCUUGGUUUUAAAAGUACUUAAACACUUUUGCCAAUAGUUUCGUCCAGUAUUAACAGGUAACACAUUUCAAAACAUAAAGACAAAAUUCCAUUUAGAAAACAAAUGCUUAUGUUACAUGAGUUAGAGUUGUAGUAUAUUUUUAUUUGACUACUGUAUGUUUGUCUAGUUAAUAGCAGGAAAAAGUGUAAAUACUUUUAACUGCCUAAUUGCUUCAUUUGUAUAAAACCUCCUCCCAUUCUAUAAUACUGACCUGUUUGUGCAUAGUUUUUCAACACUUGUCAGGAUGUCUUUACACUGUGUUUUGUAGGAGUUGGAAGCAGCAUUUUUUAUAGCUGUUAAAAUGUUAAUGUAUGGGUAUACUUGAUCACUUUUUUAAAAAAGUUUAGUUCUGUUCUUGCAAAACAUUGUGCCAAUUUACUGCUAUGUGACUUUUCAUGGUUUGCUUUUCAUUUAAGUAUACUAGAAAACUCUGGUGUUUUCACUGAACCUAUUGAUACACCUUAGUUGGAAGACAGUCUUGAACAGUUUCUAAAAUUAAAGAAUUUAAACUGA